GAGCUAUUUUUGACUAUUCCAGAGCAAAUAAGGGAUAUUCGUGAUCCCGAGCAUCCGCACUCUCUAGAGGUCUUAGGUGUCGUUCGUAAAGAACUGAUCGAGGUCGACGAUGAACAGAGCAAGGUCCUUGUGUAUUUCAGCCCGACUAUCACGCGGUGUAGCUUGGCAACGUUGAUUGGACUAUCGAUCAAGGUGAAACUCCUCCGAUCUCUUCCAAGCCGCUUCAAGGUACGUGUCGAGAUAACACCCGGCACGCACGAGACAGAAGAGGAUAUAAACAAGCAACUUGCGGACAAGGAGCGAGUGGCUGCCGCUAUGGAGAAUCCAAACCUGGCCAAAAUGGUGAACAUCUGCCUCGAGGGAUGCUUCUGA